AUGUCACCAUAUGAAGAUGUUUAUAGUCGAGCUCCACCAACAAUUUCGAGCUACUUACAAGGAACCACAUCUGUCAAUGAUGUUGAUUUUAACUUAAGAGUAAGAGAUCAUACGCUUAAGUUACUUAAAUUCCAUCUUCAGGCUGCUCAAGCUAGAAUGAAGUCUCAUGUUGAUAACCAUCGUACUGAAAGAAGCUUUGCGGUGAAUGAUUGGGUAUUUCUUCGUCUACAACCUUAUCGACAAUCCACAGUGGCGAUUCAAUCAUAUUCUAAGAUUUCUCAUCGAUUUUUUGGACCCUUCAAAAUCAUUGAGCGCAUAGGAGAAGUUGCAUACAAAUUAGAACUGCCUGCUGAAAGUCGUAUUCAUCCAGUUUUUCAUGUUUCUCAACUGAAACUUAAACUUGGAUCUUCUAUUGUUGCUGAGACAGUUUUACCUAAUGUGGUUGACUAUGAAAAGUGGGAACCUGACGCUAUCCUAGAACGAAAAAUGUUCAAGAAAGACAAUAAAGCUGGGACUAAGUGGCUUAUACAAUGGAAAGAUCAUUCUCCAGACGAAGCUACAUGGGAAGAUGCAGAUGAUAUUCUCUUGCGUUUUCCAGACAUUGGGGCUUGA